AUGACUUUUCCCGAUAAGCAAACAGCAGCCGUUUUCCACAAGCACGGAGGACCCGAGAACGUGAAGUUCGAAGAAGUCCCUGUUGGUGAGCCCGGUGAAGAUCAAGUCUUGGUUAACAUCAAGUACACUGGUGUCUGCCACACUGACUUGCACGCUCUUCAAGGUGACUGGCCUCUCGAUGUCAAGCUCCCCUUGAUCGGUGGUCACGAAGGUGCUGGUGUCGUCGUUAAGGUUGGCCGUGGUGUCAACCGUCUUAAGAUCGGUGACCGUGUCGGUGUUAAGUGGAUGAACUCCUCUUGCGGUAACUGCGAAUACUGCAUGAAGGGUGAUGAGACCAUCUGCCCUCAAAUUCAACUCUCUGGUUAUACUGUCGACGGUACCUUCCAACACUAUGCCAUCGCCAAUGCCACUCACGCUACCCUCAUCCCCGAGUCCGUUCCCCUCGAGGUUGCUGCCCCCGUCAUGUGCGCUGGUAUCACCGUCUACCGUGCCUUGAAGGAGUCCGGUGUCGGACCCGGUCAAUGGGUCUGCAUUCCCGGUGCCGGUGGUGGUCUUGGUCACUUGGCCGUUCAAUACGCCAAGGCUAUGGCCAUGCGUGUCGUUGCCAUUGACUCUGGUGAAGACAAGAAAGAACUUGUUUCCAGCUUCAACGCUGACGUUUUCGUCGACUUCAAGACUGACGACGUUGUCGAAGUCGUCAAGGAGAAGACUGGCGGUGGUGCUCACGGUACUUUGGUCUUGUCUACCUCCCCCAAGUCUUACGAGCAAGCUGCUUCUUUUGCUCGUCCCGGCUCUACCAUGAUCACUGUUGCCAUGCCUGCCGGUGCUAAGCUCGGUGCUGACAUCUUCUGGUUGACCGUCAAGCAACUCAAGGUUUGCGGUUCUCACGUCGGUAGCCGUCUUGACUCUGUUGAGGCUAUGGACUACUUGGCUCGUGGCCUCGUCAAGCCUUUCUACAAGGUCCAACCCUUCUCUACUCUCCCUGAAGUCUACAACCUUAUGCACGAGGGUAAGAUUGCUGGCCGUAUCGUCUUGGAUCUCUCCAAGUAA